AUGGAUCUGGCAUUGCGGCGAGCUCAGCCAGCUACCACAGCUCGCCAUGCUGUCCGCGCUCUAACCUGCGCAAGCUGUUCGCAAUCCAAUUCCAGACGGUUCUCGGUGCUGAACCGACAACCGCCCAACUAUCCCGGCCAUGUACCUCUCACGAAGCUCGAGCGACUCGGUAUGGCAAUCGGGUCCAGUGCCAUGGCAUUGAUCAAUCCCUACCGUGCCGACCUCAUCGCGCAAGUGGGCGAAUCCACCUCAACACCAUACUUCAUCUACCGCCUCCGCGACGCCAUGCUUGCCGACCCAACCGGCCGCCGCAUCCUCCGCCUCCGGCCCCGAAUCACAUCCAAAACCCUCUCCAUGUCAUAUCUCCGCUCCCUCCCCGAAAACACCGUCGGCCGCACCUACGUGGGCUGGCUCGACCGCGAGGGCGUAUCGCCCGACACCCGCUCCGAAACCCGCUACAUCGACGACGAGGAGUGCGCAUACGUCAUGCAGCGCUACCGCGAAUGCCACGACUUUUACCACUCCAUCACCGGCCUACCUAUUGUCCGCGAAGGCGAAGUUGCUCUCAAGGCGUUUGAAUGGGCUAACACGUUGCUGCCCAUGCCGGGCUUGAGCAUGUUUGCCGCCGCGACGAUGAAGCCGCAGGAGAGACGGCGCUUCUGGGACAUUUACCUGCCCUGGGCGUUGCGGAAUGGAUCCAGAAGCAAGGAGGUGAUUAAUGUGUUUUGGGAAGAGCAGCUGGAGCGGGAUGUUGAGGAGCUGAGGAGGGAAUUGGGCAUUGAGCAGCCCCCUGAUCUGAGGGCGAUACGAAAGGCCGCGAGAGAAGAGAAGAGGAGACUGAAGGAGAUCAAGGCCAAGGGAAUUUAA